CUUUUCCAACAGAUUUGGUGAUGCGCGUCCUUGCUGGCGGUGUCGUGGUGGCGUCAUUGCUGCCUUUAGUGCGGAGUUGGAAGCAAUGGAUGUGGAAGGGUGCGGGUCCUGGUCCUCGGCGGGGCCAUUCGCUGGCAUUACAUGGGUCACGCGCCAUUGUAUUUGGCGGGCGUGCGGACGACACACGAGCAACGCAUGUACCCAAGUCGUACGACACGGUGGAAACGCAGGGCCGGCUCGAGUUCUCCACGUAUACCGACCAUCCAGUUCAAGAUACUUGCACCGACGAUACAUGCACUGUGCCCAUUGGCGUGUACUACAACGACGUGUGGGCGUACGACAUCAAUUGCACACGGUUUGCAGACGAUAGCUGCGUCGACAAGUCUUGGGUGCAACUGCAUCAAGGCUUACCGUGGGGCGGGUGUAAUAUGCGAUAUGGUGCGCUGGUCUGCCCCAAGCCGCCCGAGCGAUGGUUUCACAGAGCUGAAGUGUUUCAGGACAGUAUGCUGGUCUAUGGAGGCUUUGGCAUACUCUGUACCGAUUAUUGCGACGAUAUGUGGCGGUUCAACUUUCAGGAUAAUUCGUGGACAGAAAUGCACGAGCUGGGCAAUCCAUUGGGUCCGGGGAAGCGGUGGAAGUUCUCGUCGUCUGCGACAGCGUCGUCCAUGUAUUUCUUUGGCGGGUAUCGGCUGUGGCAUGGAUUUGCGCCUCAAAACAGCGAGGCCAAUGUCUGGUCGGACCUGACGGUGUAUCCCCGUGGAGGAUAUUUGGACGAUCUGUGGCAAUUUGACGUGGCCAAUGGAACGUGGACCGAACGGCAUCCAAAACCCACAUGCGACGCCACAGACACGUGCUCUAUUGAGUGGCCUUCAGGGCGAGCAGGGCAUGCAUCUGUGAUCUUGGGCGAUGGCUUGUAUAUUUACGGCGGCUACCAAACAUUCUUUCCAUAUCCAGCGACGGAUGGCCGUGGCGGGGGCCGCGGGGUUCUGGAGGGUACCAGUCCAGGGUACACUCCGUUUCCAACGAAUCCGUACUACCUGAGUGACCUGUGGGUGUUCAACCUUACCACGGGCACGUGGCGGGAGGUCGCCCCUCGCUUUGGAACGAUGCCAGGACCAAGAGCAGAGCACUCGCUGGUGGCCGCGGGACAAGUGUUUGUCUUGUUUGGAGGGUACCGGUCCAACUAUUAUUACGAAGACACGUGGCAAUUUAACACGACGGCAUCCCAGUGGCUGCAACAAGAAGCUUUUAUUCAUGCGUUGUAUCCACCGCAAUGCACAGACGACCUCGCUCUGCGCGCCGACUUGUUUAGCGGCACCUAUCAACCGUAUGUGGCAGUGAACGACACGACAAAGUCGACGGAGGAGCUUGAAAAGGAAGCUCAUUAUGGCACCACCCACUUUUCAGUGGUGGCCGUGCCGACGAGGGGUGUGUUGGACGUGGCAGAUACGUUCUACACGCAAGCAAGGCGGAAGGCGCCUGGGUGGGACGGAUGCCGCGAUCGCAUUGACAAUCGCACUGACCUGCCGUGGAUUUUGCAAUGGUCUCGCCCGGCACAACGAGCAGGCCACAUGGCAGUGUAUCAUUCGGGAUACCAGCUCAUGCUAAUGUAUGGAGGCUAUGGCGUGACAAGAGAAGAGUUGUAUGCGUCGAGCUCGACCACCCCAGCGUUUACCUAUGACGACUGGUGGUCGUACAGUUUGGCCAACUGCAUCAAAAACUGCAGCUUGCACGGGGUAUGCUCGUACGGCCGGUGCAUGUGCGACGAAGGGUACUACGGCGUCGACUGCUCCAACAUGACGUGUCCAGGGAGUGUUUGUGCCUUCAACGACAUCACCAAAGGCACGAGCUGCGUGCACUGCUGCUUCUCAGGCUUUGAGCACACGAACAACGAUACCUACGUCCCCAACAUCCAAAAGUCGCCGUGCUCGACGACCAACACCCAUUACUCGAACGGGGUCUGCGAUGGAUUUGGCCAGUGUAUCUGUCGCCCGCCCUUCAUUGGGGCGGAUUGUUCGAUUCGGAAUUGCGCGUACAAUUGCUCGGGGCAUGGAUUUUGCAGUGUCGAGUUUCCAAAUUCGCGGUGUUUGUGCGAUCCGGGAUGGGCUGGCAAGUACUGCGACCAGCGCGUGUGCUUAAACAACUGCUCGUACCCCAACGGCAUAUGCGUGAACGGGUCGUGCUAUUGCUCGAUGCUGUACGACCCGUACAACAGCACUCUGUCGCAUUUUCCAUUUCUGGGCCAAGACUGCUCGUUCAUGCUGCCGUUUGCUUCGGCCAAUCGCCUAUCGGUGGGACUUGUCAUCCUCUUAGCACUCGUAGUUCAAGCGGUAGCAUACAGUAGUUAAGCUGACUUGGACUCAAAAUAAAUAAAUAAAUAUAUAUAUAUAUACACUCUCUUUACUUGAUUGGUUUGAUAUAUGUAUUCACCUCACUCACCUAAUUAAUUAUAUGCCGGACGACUGUAG